CCUGGCGCUUGUUGUGGCUUCCGUGUCUUCAUGCAAAAGUAACUGGAAGCACAAUCACUCAAACUCCGGUCGCAACCUAGUUCAAUGUCCGAAAUAUGAAGAUUUGCGAUUUCUGACUACUACUUUAUGAUUGAUUAGUCGACGUAUGCACUAUGAGCCUUGAUCCGAGCUCGUUUCCGAGAUCGAAUUCCCCCGCAAGCUCCGAUAGCUCUCUUGCGCGAUCCCGCUUACGAGGCAAAGAAGAGCAUCUAAAGAAAGAUAAGAAUUACCGUCGCUAUGCGUCGAGCGUUGAGCGAGCCCUGUCUUUAUAUGACACGGCGCUGCAGGAAUGGGCGGACUAUAUCUCAUUCCUCAGCCGGCUUCUGAAGGCCCUUCAAUCCCAUCCUCCGGAUCUACCCAUCGUCCCUCACAAAGUUCUCGUCUCGAAACGGCUCGCACAAUGCCUGAACCCCUCGUUGCCAUCUGGUGUGCAUCAGAAGGCACUUGAAGUAUACACGUAUAUUUUCAGUUUGGUCAAGUCGGAAGGACUGUCUCACGAUCUACCAUUGUAUCUACCAGGCAUCGCACCUACCUUAACAUUUGCCUCGCUUACCGUCCGCCCUUUAUUCUUAUCGUUGAUAGAGACAUAUAUUUGUGGCCUAGAGCCAUGGGCCAUCAGACCCGCCUUGAAGGCAAUCAUUCUAGCCCUUUUACCCGGACUCGAAGAAGAAACUAGCGAUGACUUUGACCCAACUCUCCGACUCAUCAAUAAAUUUCGCGAUAUCGCUAGCCAGAUGGACACACAGAGACAAGGUGGAGAUGCUAAAUCCAGCGGCCAGUACUUCUGGCAAUGCCUAUUCCUUGCGUCAAUAACUAGUCCAAGUAGACGUUCGGGUGUGCUAGCUUACCUGAAUCGCUAUCUACCAAAACUGGGGGUCACCGAUCGAAGACCGAGCAAAGGCGGCGACGGUGACUCCAACAAUAUGCCACAUGACAUGCAGAUGGCUGCGAACUCAGUUAUCCUUCCAGAGCCUGGCCUACUUAUUCGUUGUUUUGCAUCCGGAUUAUCGGAUGAGCAAGUCCUUGUCCAGCGAAAUUUCCUGGAUCUGCUUGUGACACAUCUACCACUUAGUUCACCUAUUUUGCAAUCUCGAAUCACCAAUGAAGACCUUCAGCAGUUGCUCAUUGCGGCUGUAGGCGUUGUAGCUAGGAGAGAUAUGAGUUUGAAUAGGAGAUUAUGGGCUUGGCUCCUAGGUCCUGAUUCUGCAAAUGACCGGGCUUCUUUCGAAGCUCGGAACUCGAUAUCGGAAAGUGCAGACGCAUCUACCGCCAGUGGCGAGGAGAUUUCACAAUCUGAACACUUUCGCCAGUUUGGACUAGAGCCAUUGGUGAGUGGCCUUCUUCAGAUGAUUGAACAGAAAACUCUAGUGCCAUCCGAGAAGUCAAGGCCCUUUCGGAUAUCGCUCUCCUUAAUGGAUCGAUGGGAAGUUGGGGGGCACAUCGUUACUGCAGUCUUUCUUCCCAUUAUACGGAAUGUUCAAUCUUUCGAAAAGGCAGCACCCAAAAAUCAAUUUGAUGAGGUCUUCCGCAGCGCCAGCGCCUUCUUUGAUGGUGUCGAAAGCGGAGUCAUUUUCUCGGAAUUACUCAAGUUGAUAGACUGGGAAGCUGAUAACCUUAGUCGCGACAAUGAUCAGGUAGUGAAUAACUUGAAGCUUACCCAGUUUGUUCUGGAAAACUUCAAUGUGCGAGAGGAGGACAUGGUAUUAAACCAUGUUCCACUGCUGACCCUCUCAGUCCUUAUCAAGAUGAAUGAGCUCUCAUCGAAAGAUCAUCCUACGGUGGCCGACGACAAACUGCAGCUUGUGUUGCACGAACUCCUCAAAGUGAUGAGCUUCCUCACGGGUCUCCUAACAGAGAGGGCUUUCUCCAAGAAGCUGGACUCCGAAAAGACCGCCAAAAACCUUUCAGCUGGUGACGGUGAGCUCCAUCAGUCCGACAUCUUGGCAAGGAUUCAUGAUUUUUAUGAGCAAAGUACCAGCAGCCUUGAUCCUCCGCAAUUGCCUUUUGUUCCUAGACAUCUUGGGGAACUUAUAAUCAGCAAAGCCUACGAACUCGCUAUCUCGGCUCUUGCGGGCGGUAUUGGCGUCACAUCGAUACAGGAGAAUAUGAGUCUUCUUAUCUUACUGCUUAAGAAGCUUCCCAAGUCACGCGUACCGCGCGACAGACGGCUCUACCUUGCCAUUUGUAACCGGGUUGGUACAGGCCACGUUGAGCAGUCUACUGCCACUUUCUCGGCUAUCUCUUCCAUUGCUACCGGUGUCACGAGUUUAUUUUCUAUCCAUAAUCCUGGAUUUUAUAUCAGCUACGAAGACGUAUCUGACUUGAUUCCAUUGCUUGUCAAGCAGCUCUGGCGGUAUCUUUCACCAUUGAGCCCAAAAUUUCAUGUGGAGGCGGUCCGCUGUUUGUGGAAGCUACAUUCAGUCUCCUGGCAUGAGCACCUCGUCGAGGCCUCCAUAACAUCACUGAUGGUCGACUCAUCGCACACGUUACACCGACUUUUGUCGGAAGAACAAGUUGGAAGAUACUUUAUAUUGUGGAAUCACAGCCACCAUGGGACAUACGAAGUUCCCCCGAAGCAUAUACAGGAUUCAGCACUAGCCCAGGUUUCUUAUCAAUCUUCGCUUCUUGAACGUCCGCUUUUUAUUGUCUUAGACACUCUUUCCCAAGGACCCAACGAGGCCUCUGAAGUGGUUCAGCGAUGGCUCCAAGAUUUAUCCUCCAUUCACAAGGUUUUCCGUAUAAUUGUUUCACGGCUAGAUAGCCUUUUUUCGCAGGCUGAUGAUUUUGGAGUAAACCAAGCGAGCCCUUCUCUAUCUCCUGAUGAUUAUAAAGAAUGUAGUUAUUUAUUGGAGACGAUCUAUAAUAUCAUAUCAGUCAUUUCCCACAAUGGAUGGGUUGCUCUGCUGACUCAAACAUCUCAAGGCGACCGACACCAGCUUGUCUCUACUUCCGAAGAUAGUAAUAGAGGCCAGAAUUUGCACUCUAUCAUAUUCCACGCCACGCUAAGAGUUGUCAGUGGACAAACCACUGCAGCACACUCGAACUUUGACGAGAUCAAGUUACAACAAACCUCCCUACUUGUAAUGCGUCAACUCCUCCUAGGCCCAGGAGCUGAAGAGAUGGCUGAGUCCGGGAUUGACUCCCUUCUUGUUGAACGGCUCUCUGCCUCUCUAGACAAUGGUGGUAGCGUUGCUGUCCAAGGAGCGCUGAUCGAUACCCUCCUCGCAGCAUUGAAAGUUCGUUUCGCUCAGGCAUACUUGCCGCAACCCCACUCCAAACCAAAACAUCAGAGAGCCAGCUCUCGUGAGCGUUUAACAAGUCCAUCGAUCCUAUCUUUCACGAGUGACAAGGCUGAAAAAUUGCUCCCUAUACCUUCUUUGCCGCAACCUCCACAACACCUUCUAGAAUGCCUUCUCAAGGGUAUUAGCUCUCUGAACUCUAGGGCCAUUGUGGAAAGAUGGACUAUGCUGCUUUGUGAAGUUCUACCUCUAUAUUCAGGAUCUAUAUUUCAGAUUGUCCUGAUGUUAGUGGAUUGCUUUUGUAAGGAGAUCCAAAUUGCGUACGCGAACCUUCAACUCUCAUUUAAACAUACCAAAGGUUGGCCUGAGGAUAGGUCUGAACAUGCCACAAUAGCCUUACUCACCGGUCUUGAAACCUGCAUUGCAACCGCUCAUGAGCGUCUUCUCGUGGACGAAGCUAAUAUCCCUGCCGCUAAGAGCCCGGAUCAGCCUCAGGGGUUCUUCGGGAAUAUGGUAUCUGGCGUUUUUGCAUCAGAUGCUAGUCAUGGCCGUUCAGCGGCUGCAAACAAUAGACUGACUGUCUUGCUAUGCUUCCAAGAUGCUGUAAGGUUGUGCUUUUCUAUCUGGUCUUGGGGAGCCGUGGAAAGGAGUACUCUUCCCCAAGAUACAGAAUCUCUGGCGUCCUUCCAAUAUACGUCUCUGCGUAUGAGGAAUCGUUCCCGCCGGAUUCUCGAGCACCUGUUUACGGCAGAGGCCCUCGAAUGCCUUGAGACCUUGGUGGAAAUGUGGACAAAGACAGACAGUAACACAUCUUCUCUGAUCUUCAGCCUUCUUCACACUCUGGAUGGGUGUCGACCAAAGAUCACAAUCCCGGCUGUGUUUAACGCCAUCUACACCCGCACAAAUCCUUCUGCUCUAGAUCCCAGUCGUAAAUCUACCCUAUCAUCGACUCUUACGGAAAUCGAAUUAGCGGGAUUCUUAGUCACUUAUGCCAGGUCCCUUGAUGACGAUGUCCUAGACGAGAUUUGGGCAGACUGCACCACCUUUUUGCGUGAUGUUUUAAGUAAUCCAUUCCCGCAUCGCCAGAUCCUUCCGCGCUUAGUUGAGUUUGCUGCCAUCCUUGGUGAGAAAUUAGAGAACACUAGUUUUGGAGAGGAUCGCCGGAUGAGGAAGGAACUUGGGGAUGUACUGCUACGUCUGCUUACAGCGAUCUUUACCAGCAAGCCUCUUGGGCUAUCACAAGAUUCGGGCCUCCUGGGUCGAGGCUCUUUGGAGCAUGAUAGUUCGUCGGCACCUCUUAUUGGUCCUGACGACAUGCUCAGCAUUCUCUCUAUCUCCAUGCCCGCCUUUACAACCACACUAGGUGACUCAGACCGUAUUACCACGGCUGUAACGGGGAUUUCCACCAAUGCGAUAGGGCCCCUUUUGCGAUCGCGACUUUUCCCUAACAACAUCAACCGUAGUUUUAUGGCGCUCCUACAGCAUAUCGCAAAGGUUCCGGCCGCUGCGAAGAUAUGGAAGAAAGACAUCGCCGAGGCCUUCAACGAUCCUAAGUUCUUCAGCUCGCAGCUCGAGCUUGUGAAAGACGGCUGGAUGAACCUGUUACGGCAAUGGGUACUUGUUGAUAAGGAUCGACUAUCUGAGCUGAUGUUUCGCCUUCCACCACCAAGCACAGCGGGUAUUAUGUUUGGUGUUGGAGCGUCUGCUGCUCGCCUAGAUGCGGAUAGAAAGGCACAGUUGAACCUCCGCAGGAUAACCCUACUUCUUUUAUCAGCCAACAAUGACUACUUCAUUGGGGAACUACCGGGACUCCUGCAGAAGUUAGAAGAUCUCUUAGGGGCUACUAGUUCAUCAUCGCCGUCCUCCACGACAAGGGCUGAGAUAUUCAUGGUCCUUCGGGCUCUUGUGCUGAAAAGCUCGACCACCGCCUUGGCCUCAUUCUGGCCGUUGAUCAACACCGAGCUUCAAGAGGCUAUUGCUGCCAUACCGCUUGGGCUUCAACAAGAGGUAUACAAUCCAUACGCAUUGUUACAGGCAUGUAAACUUCUGGACACUCUACUCGUCCUUGCCCCGGAUGACUUUCAGCUUCUUGAGUGGCUGUACGUUACGGAUACAAUAGAUGCCGUCUAUCCACCAGAAAGAUGGGAACCUUUGGCCCUUGCAGACGAAAUUUCUCAAAGCUUUGGGAGGCGCUCCACGUCAGCAGACGGCCCCAGGGAACCAAGCGAGCUUGGUUAUAGUGUAAAACAGCCGGGUCUAAUAGCGGACUGGAUUCGCGAGACGGCCAAAGAUGAACUGAUUGAUCGAGUUCUUCGGCCGUGGUUUGAACAACUCAGCAUUCAUGCUUUUGAAAGCACAUACAGUAUGAACGGUCCAGGCUUGUCAACAUGUCAUGAUGAUCUCCUAGCGGACCUCUUCAACGAGAGUACCAUGGCAAAUUGAAUUCAUCCUUUUUCUCAUCCUCAGCUGUGAGGUUGAGGCGUUACAUGUAUGAUAUCCAAAUGCAUAGGUUCAGUUUCUACGUGUUCAGAACUUCAGAGUUGGCGUAUGUACAAUGUAUCCGGGGCCAAUUUUUUUAGGCAGGCGCUUUGGGUCAUAUUCCAAGGAAUUUUACGAUAGAGAAAUGAAUAUAGAAA